CCCGGAAAACUUGACCACCGUUCUUCGUUCCCAGGGUUCCGUGAGAGCCGUUUGCCCCACCCCACCUCUUCAACGCUAUCUAUCUCAAUGUUCAAUUCUGAGAGAAAAACGGGGGCAAAAAUAAUUCAGAGUAACACCGCACAGAAACGACUCUCGUUCCCGCGACCGGUCGAUCGGAGCAGACGCGGCCUCUCGGCGGCGGAGAUGAGCGCGUCGCCGCUGGAUCAGUGAUUGAAAACACCGCGGUAUGUUCAUGUAUCAUGCACAUGUAACCAUAAUCUACCAUACGGAUUCAAAGGGAAUACAAAACGCUGAGAGACUUGACAGCGGGCUGUACCUGCGCCAAACGGGGAAAUAACGGAGGAUUUCCACCGAUAUCACCUGGAUAUCGCGUUAAAUUCAAGGACAUCCAGCUGCCGAGAAACCGCCUGAGCUCGCCCCGGAGAAGCUUUCCGAUGUGAGGAGAAAUACAAAUUAACGUUACGGAGAGAAGAAGGACGGAGAAGGGGCCUUUUUUCUGGGUCUGGUCAAACCCUCCGAGAAGCCGAGCACCAGCAUCUGUUGACGGGGAGAGGAAAUCAUUUUGACAUCGGCUAAAAACAGGAUAUUAUUGAUAAGGUUGCUAACACCACUCCCCCCCCCUCACACACACACACACACAUACACACACACACACACACACACACACACACACACUCACUCACAGACACACACACACACCACCCCCCCUCUGAGAAAAAACGGUGUAUAAUGUGACGGAUGGUGAUAGAGACAGAACCCCGGUGAAGCCUGAUGAUUCACAUGCCGUCAUUUUAAGAGGAAAUAUUUAUUUUUUAAUUUUUUUCCACCCGCCCUCUGAUGUGCUUUGGUGAAGGUGGAGAACGGAUUGAAAACAACCUCCUAAAAAUAAUCAUUGAAAUAUAUAUUUAAAGAAAGAGAGAAAAAGGUGGAGGAAAACAGGGCUUUGGUUGUGAGUGGGGAUGAAUGGCAGUGUGAGGUUUCAGCCGAGGAUGGGCUCCGGAGGAGACAUUUACUGACAGAAUUCAACAGCGUGAAAAUACCUGCUUUUAUUCUUAUUCUUCUUAUUUAAAGAAGCGUCAGAGGAGACGGGAGCUCCGCCGGUCAUUCAUGUGCAUUGCAAGGCUGGAAAUCUCUCAUCCACUCUCAUAUCAAUGUUGAUGACUUCAUUGCGGAUUUACAGUGAAAAACACAGGAAUCCAGCGUCUGAGAGGGCGGCAUCGGUGCUCUGCUCCCUCUGCCACCGAUCUCCUGUUGAUUAAUCUGCCAGUAAAUAGCCACAUCCAUCCACACGUAUCGUGCCAAAAGCCUGGUGGGGCCCACCACGUCCUCCUCCUCCUCCACCUCCUCCCUGACAGGUUUACGUCUGUUUCAUCCUCGCAUCUGGCAACAUCAAUGUCACCCAUUUUGAGCCAGGUGUUCCUCUGCUGGGCCAGUCUAGGAAUUUAGGAUCGAUUGAUUUUUUUUUUCUUCUGAUCAACACCCUCCCUCCUUCCUUCCUUCCUUCCUCCAUCCAUCCAUCCAUCCCACCCUGCCUCCCCCUGAGCCUAUCUCUGGGUGUUUGGGAAGAUGGGCUGUCUUGGAAAUAGUAAGACUGAAGACCAACGAAAUGAGGAGAAGGCACAGAGGGAAGCCAACAAAAAGAUCGAGAAGCAGCUCCAAAAAGACAAACAGAUUUACCGGGCGACUCACCGGCUACUACUACUAGGAGCCGGUGAAUCCGGGAAAAGCACGAUAGUCAAACAGAUGCGAAUACUGCAUGUUAAUGGCUUCAAUGCAGAGGAGAAAAAACAGAAAAUUCAUGAUAUUAAAAACAACAUUAAAGAAGCUAUAGAGACCAUCGUGGCCGCCAUGAGUACGCUCACACCGCCGUGUCAGUUAGCCUGUCCUGCAAACCAGUCCAGAAUCGAUUACGUCCUGAACCAAGUAAACCAGAAGGAUUUUGAGUUUCCUUCGGAGUUUUAUGACCAUGCAAAGAUCCUCUGGCAGGACGAGGGCGUGCGGGCCUGCUGGGAAAGGUCCAAUGAAUAUCAGCUCAUCGACUGUGCACAGUACUUCUUAGACAGGAUUGAUGUGGUCAGACAGAACGACUACACACCCACUGAUCAGGACCUGUUGAGAUGCAGAGUGCUGACAUCUGGGAUCUUCGAGACAAGAUUUCAAAUAGACAAAGUCAAUUUCCAUAUGUUCGAUGUUGGAGGACAGAGGGAUGAACGUAGAAAAUGGAUCCAGUGUUUUAACGAUGUGACAGCCAUCAUCUUUGUGGUGGCGAGUAGCAGCUACAACAUGGUGAUCAGAGAAGACAAUCAGACCAACAGACUACAGGAAGCCCUCAACCUGUUCAAGAACAUCUGGAACAACAGGUGGCUACGGACCAUUUCAGUAAUCCUCUUCCUGAACAAACAGGACCUGCUCGCUGAGAAGGUUUUGGCAGGGAAAUCUAAAAUUGAAGAGUAUUUCCCAGAGUUUGCACGCUACACUACACCUGAUGAUGCAAUACCAGAGCCAGGUGAGGAUCCCCGCGUCACGAGGGCAAAGUACUUCAUUCGGGAUGAGUUUCUGAGGAUCAGCACAGCCAGCGGGGACGGACGGCAUUACUGUUACCCCCACUUCACCUGCGCGGUCGACACGGAAAACAUCCGCCGCGUCUUCAAUGACUGUCGCGACAUCAUACAGAGGAUGCACCUACGGCAGUACGAGCUGUUGUGAUGGGCAGCGUCCGGUCUACUUAUCUACCUACCUAUCUCCCCCCACCACCACCUGCCCCCUCCCCACGACCAGUUAGCCAAUCACCCCCCCUCACCCCCACCACCCCUCCACUUCCACCAAACAACUGAGCGAACAAGCGAGCGACUGACCGCCUGCCCUCCCCUCCACCCCCCCCAUACAACCUCUCUCCCGGUAACACGAUUUCACAUAAACAGAACAGUGGAAAGACGUUUGUUUAUUUUGUUUGUUUGUUUGUUUUUUUUAAAGGAAACACAGUUAAGGAUUCACCAACAGUUUCAUCAACUAUUAGCCAGGACUGACUGCUGUACUCAGCUCCACUUUGACCCAGGAAAGAGGGUCAGGACUGGGAUCCCUCAGUGCAGGCUCUCCCUCCUUUUAGCUCUCUCUCAGAUAUACGAACACACACACUCGCAGGUACACACACACUACAGUAAGACAUCCAGAGGCCUCAGAUAGGUUUUAAUGUCUCAUAUCUCACACACACACACACACACACACACAGACCCUUUUAAAACCAAGUCCUCCUGCUUUUAACAGUCGGCAGAGGCUGGAUUAAAUAAUGCAUCCUGAGAGAGAGGCAGUUUAUUCACCGCGUGCUGAAGACGAAGAGGAAAGAUUGGACAUGGAGGGUGGCAGACUGAUGCAGAGGAGGGCUGUGAGCCUUUUUUUUUUUGUGCCCGAGGACGGACUAAUUGACUAACGGCUGCCUGUGGACGUGAGCGUGACUCGAACAUAAGACCACACAGCUCACAUGACCCGGUCGAGGAGGGGCGGCAGAAAACAACAAAAACAGAAAAAAAAGAAAGAAAAAUAACCAUACAAUGCAUAAAUUCAUGCAUACCAGUGAACUUCAUGCAGUGCAAAAAAUCCAAGCUAUAUAUAUAUAGAUAUUUAUAUAUGUGUGUAUAUAAAUAUGUAUAUAUAUAAAUAUAAAUAUUAUAUAUUCCUGUAAUAACACAAUUCAACUUUUAAGUUUUUGUUAGUUUUUACCCCAUGUUGUGUGUUGGUGUACACUGUGUGUGUGAUCUGCCUUUGUGCACCAUUUAACCCCCCCUCUCCUCCCCCCGUACCCUACACACAUCAUACACACACACAUAUACAACCCCCCCACACACACACCUCCACCCCCCUGCUGCUAUUUGACAACUACUCAACAUGUGGAAAAUAGAGGAGAGAUUUUAUUUAACGAGGAAAAAAACAAAAGGAAAGCAUGAAGUUAAAGAAUGGAUGCAACAUUUUUACCUGGGAACACACACACACACACACACACACACACACACGCACACACGCACGCUCCACACAACCUCCUCCUCCCCUCCUCACCUUUCGUCUUGUCCUCCCACCUCCUCCUCCUCCCUCCCUCCUCCCCUCCCGGCUUUAAGUACGUUUGUCUUUAUUUUACUGCUGGACUAUUAUUCUUGUACAGACUGUAAAAUGUAUUAUUUUGUACAACUUUAUUGAAGAAAAAAAAUAACUUGUAGAAGAUCCCUGUGCCUUGAUCACGACUGUACGUGUAAAAAUGAGCUAAUAUGUAAGUUAUGUUUCACUGCGCUGUACAGCUGGACGGGUCUGUCCCACCUCGUCCGUGCUAGCUCACCCCUCUCCGCUGGGAGGGCUGUGGGGGGGAGGGAGGGAGGGGAGGGCCAUCGGAUCGGGGCGGAGGCUUUUCGUCUGUUGCUUAGUUUCCUUUUUUUUCUCCCCCCACAUUUGAUUGUUCGUUGACUCCUUUGUUUUGCUUUGACUCUCCUCUGGUUUAUAUGAUAGGAUUUGAAGAAAAAAAAUGGAGAAAAAAAAAGAUAAUCAGACACACCACCUUAAUGCUGUGUAGUGAAAGAUACUGAACCCUAACACAAUUUAAUAUAUAUAAAAUAUAUUUCAGAUUUUAUAUUUUAUAUAUAUGUACUGUACACUUAUAUCUAUCUCCCUUGUGAGCUGUCCCCAGCUUUCCUUUGCUUUCUGUCAGUAACAUCUUGCAUACAUUUUCAGAAGCUGGCGACUCUGGGUGCAGUGGGAUGGGUAUUCAUUUCUUUCUUUUAUUUUUAAUUUUAGCUUUAACUCUUUUGAAGGAGAGGGAAAUAUCCAAUUGCAAAACAUUGCUUGUUUCUACAUAAACCAAAUUCUUUUUGCUUAAACAAGAAGAAA